CCUCCCCAGUCUGAACACCACACUACAUGGCGGUGGAUUUGUACAGGCCGAGAACAUAGCCAAAUGAUACCUCAUCUUUACGAAGGGAAGAUAUUUCAUUCCAAUUCAAAACUCACAAUUAUUUCCACAACUCACAAGAUCAUAUCUGCUAUCAAGACACAACAAUUCUCUCUCUGCAGUUCGGUGAGUGUGCAUCCACCGUAAAAAAGACACCAACUGAAAUGAGACCAGCUGUAAUUUUGGCACUUUUCCCGUACUUAGUCCUUGCACUUCGUUCUUCAGUUCAUAAUGAAUCGUCCGAAGAUCCCGUCUCUGCGGCAGCUGCAGGGUUGAACAUCACCGGUACCACCAUGGGACACGGAGCCGUGACUCUCCCGGUCAAGGUACCCCUCUACAUCGGGGGUAUGUUCCCCUACCAGACGGACCAUGUGUUCGGCCGGGUGGAGGAGACGGUGAAUGCCGCAAUAGACCACGUCAAUAAUCUGGACGGUAUACUCGAUGGAUAUGAACUACGGAUAAGAGGAAACUGGACAGAGGGUAAACCGGACCUAGCCCUGCGGCUGUUGCAUGACUUUAUUUAUGUCGACCCUCCAAUCCUGAUGUCAUGGGGCCCAAUGCUUUCCAGCGAUGCUGUCGUCGUCAAUGAGGUCGCGUCCAAGUACAACAUCAUCCAGGCAACCUUAGCUAGCUCACCAACCAUUUUGGACCAUUCUCGUUUUCCUCUCACCAUUCGCCUUGGUAUAAAGGAAGAUGAUCUAAACCAACCUCGGCUGGCUCUAAUGAAGAGAAUGGGAUGGAAGAAGGCCGCUAUUGUAUUCGAAGACAUUGAGUACUUUCGCUCGAACAUUCUUGAUCUUGAGGACACGUUGACUAAAGGAGGGGUAACCAUACUGACUGUAGAGGCAAUCACAGAUAAAGACCAGCAUCAAGCGCAAAUUAAAAACCUUCAGAAUCACGACGCAAGGAUCAUCUUUGCCCAUUUCUACGAGAGGCCGGCCUCGAAAUUCUUCUGCGAGGUAUAUCGUCUAAAAGCUUACGGCCCUCAAAUAAUCUGGAUUCUGAAUGGUUGGAUCAAUGACGCUUGGUGGCGCUAUGACUCCUCCAAUAACUCCACGUGCACAUCAGAACAACUGGAAAAGGUUUUGCAAUACCACCUUGCACUCCAUGGGUUCUACCAAGCUGCUGACGUAGAAAGGAUCGACUUCGGAGGAAUAAAACCAUAUCCAGAUCAGAAAGCGUACAUAGAGUCACUGUUAGUCACAACAGACUCUAGUGCCCGCGAUGUCCUGUCUCAAUCGUACGAUAGCAUGAUGGUCAUGGCCAUGGCACUCAAUGCAUCCGUAGAACACCUCGCCAAGAUGGAACCGCCACGCCGUCUGCAGGACUUCCAAUACGGCGACACUGCGAUGCGUGAGGUGAUCAUGCAAAGCGUACGCAAUGUGCACUUCUACGGGGCUACGAGUCAAGUAUCGGUGGACGAAAACGCAACAAGGACCAGUGAAUCUCUACGUGUCGUGGUCAAACAAUUCCAGAACACCACCGAAGAUGGUCCGAUGAAACACGUGCUAUUGUUCGACUCCCCGGACGUGGAGACAAGCUUUGAACGCAUCGGCAACAAUAACUUCAUCUGGCACGGAGAGAACAUCCCAGUCGACGGGGUGACGAUCAAGGAACAAAUCAUCGUCAAGUCUUUGAGUCUGCGCAUUACAGUCAUCGUGUUAGAUAUGGUUGGCGUGUCCAUAGCCCUUGUGUUCAUUUUCAUCAAUAUACGGUACAGGAACAGAAAGGCAAUCAAGAUUUCCAGUCCACAGAUUAACAAUCUAACGGCAGUGGGCGGGCUUCUCCUGUACAGCUUCGUUGUCAUGAACAGUAUCGAUUCUUCGUUGUAUGGGGAGAGAACAAUACUCGUCCUUUGCCACGUAUCGACGUUUCUUCUGAGUGUCGGUUUCUCUCUUGCCUUCGGUGGACUCUUUGUGAAGACGUUUCGCAUCCACAGCAUCUUCACAAAGGCUGUAACUCGACUCAAGAAAGUGGAGCUGCCCGACACUCGUCUCAUAAUGUGGGCGUUUAUACCAGUGAUUGUAGACAUCAUCCUCAUCACAUUGCUUAUUACAUUGGAUGAGAGCGUCGUAGAACGAGAAAAAGGAACUGCACUGGUAGAUUCAUCACAACCCGAGAGGGAGAUCUUGUUAGUCCCCGUACGUCAAUACUGCACGUCUAGUAACCAGUUCUACUUUGUGGUGGUGUUGUACGUUUCUAAAGGCGUUCUUUUGGUGUUUGGAAUCUUCUUGGCGUGGGAGACCAGACGAAUCACUGUGGCUGAAUUAAACGACAGUAAAUAUCUCGCAAUGUCUGUUUACAUCGUUGCAUUGACUGUGGCCAUCACACUACCGACUCUGGUAUCCGGAAAAUAUGACGUCAACUUUGAAUACGUCGUUCUCAGUGUCGCCGUAAUCUUUGCCAACACGACUGUUUUAUGUUUGGUGUUUUUACCCAAAAUGAUUCUGUUUUGGACGACGGAUGACAAGAGUCUGUCAAUUACUAUGAUGAAACAGAAUGGCUUCGUCAGCAGUACUGUCAGAUCAUUCGGAUUGGGUGCCGAUUCGCGAAUGGACAGGUUGACUCUAAAAUUAAAAAAGAAGAUAGACCAACUGGAGACAUUAAAACAAGAAUUUCGAUCGUUGGCGAAAGGAGAAGCUGUGCUAAACACAUAAGAAUCAAUCGGCUGAACACAAACUAACAAUAAAAAGUAAUGGAUAACUUUCUGUCUUGGAAAGCUUUGAGUGCGCCACUCAGUCUACUUCUUACUCGUCAUGAGGGCCUGAACAUCUGACGUCAGCUUGAUAAAUCUGAGGUCACACUUCAAGGCUCACUGUCUGGUCAUACGGUUACUAGUAUAGCUGAGCGCCCUCUUUUGAACCCCCCUCUUCCAGCCCGUGUUAAUUUCCCAUAAUAUGGUGGACAGAAUCUCUUGCGGAAGGAAUUCCCUGUAUGGGACACCGGUAUUAAUGACACAGCUUUAUCACAGCGUUCAAAGUGGAUUUUUGAAGAUCGAAUCAGUGUCGUUGAUUACCGGCUGGUAUGGGAGACUAACGCUUGAUGAGUGCUGUAAGAGUACCCGAAGUGUUUUUUGGGGCCACUUUGGUGUAAUUAGGUUGUGUAACUGUUAUAAUUAAUUAUGUUGUAAAAAUAUUCAAAUUUGAAUUUCUUUGCCAUGCUUUUCAUUUCACUCGGACAGUCUGACUACGAAUUACAGACGUCAACCGCUUCUUUGAAUCGAUUAAAUAAUGUAUGCUAACCAGUUGGAAAGUCUUCUAGACUCAAUUCACUACAGUUACUUCUGAUUGAGGGCUUGAAAGAAAAUUUAAAUUAAAAAAAUGUUGUGGUUAUAUAUUUAUUUGUGUUGAUGACUUCACUAAGAGCACCUAAAAUAAUUUACAAAAUGUAAUUAAAUAAACAGAUGCAAACAUACUUAAUGGCCUUACGUACUUUCAAAACUACAGCACCUCUGCAAAUAAUUUCUUAAAGGCAGUGGACACUAUUG